GACGCUAUAACGGGAGUGCAAUGUUCGACAAGUUGUGGCGAAACAAGGAGGACCAAACCGCUAGCUCGAGACAGGCUGGCCGCCCUCAGACCUCAGAGCUUCUGCAGACAAAGCUGCUGCCGUAUGGCAUGCUCUCUCGCCCGACGAGACACUUCUUCAGUGACGGCGACGGUCUGUGGGGAGAGCACAAUCCUCACUUCGGUUCUUCCAAGGAUGGAGACUCGCGAUGGUGAGAGAGAAGAACCUCUUGCUGUAAA